CUAUCCACGAGCCUCGGUACAAACUCGCAUUUUGGCAAUCUCGUCUACACGUCAGCGGGUCUGAACUCUGAACUCCGAACCGCGAAUCACUUCGAUUAUCGUUCGGCCGUGGAAAUCAGUAAUCUACAGACUACAGCGAGAGCUGAUACUCUCUCAGAAGGAGACCGAGAUGGCAUCAGGAUGGGGAAUUACUGGGAACAAAGGUCGCUGCUAUGAUUUCUGGAUCGACUUCAGCGAGUGCAUGUCUCGCUGCCGAGAACCCAAGGACUGCGCUCUUCUCCGUGAAGACUACCUCGAGUGCCUCCACCAUUCUAAAGAGUUUCAACGAAGAAAUCGGAUUUACAAGGAGGAGCAGCGUAAACUACGAGCUGCUGCCCGGCAGGGUCAGGAGGGUGAAAGUGUGGGCGGACAUCACUAGUGCUAGUGAUUAAUGGCUGUUCUGACUUUCAGAAUAAGUUGUGAAAUUGUUAUUUUGAUCGAAUUGGCAUUCAUGCAUGUUAUAUGUGCUUUGUUUUUAACUUCCUCCAAUGUUGAUGGCCUAUUUUCUUUUAGCAAUAAUGCGAAAAAAUGACAGUGCUCUGCCGAGUGAAUGUGUAGUAGUUCAUCCCUUCAUGGGCGUUGUGAGCGACAGAGGAAUAGAAGCUUUUAUUAUUGCUAUUUUAAA